GUGCUUGUCCCGGUCGAGUCUGCUAUCCACUUUUUAAGAAGACAAUUUUCCCGGAUUCGAAAACCGAACGCCAACUUCUGUUGAUCAGUGUGCAAGUCGAAGAUUUCCAGUUCAGUCUAAUUACGAGCACAGUUUACGAUCAACGUCCACUAAUUCACAAACUCCAAUAAUCUCCCUAUCUGCGAAGAUGUUGGAAAAAGCGCUAAUCUUCCUCGCCGUUGCCCUUUGCGGGAUCGUCCUUGUCAGAGGAGCGCCACCGGAAAAACCCGACGAGACCGCCCUAGUGACACCGGCUCCUACUUUCACCAUUGUUACCGGUACAUCGCCUACUUCACCCACUGAAGCGUCUCCGACGCCUACUGAAACGAAUACAGCCACGACAUCGAAGGUCACACUCCUGGCUACCACGGGGGUGAAACGACAUCGCCUGCAAUCACCACGCCAACGCCAUCCAUCCCGCCGAAAGAUAAGAAGGACGACUCUGGUAACGUUAACCAGCUGGAACUUAUUAAUCAGCAGGUUACGCUUGUACCUGGAUCCACCGGGACAAUUGCCCCAGGGGCUAACGGCGCUGGACGCUUGGCGGAGGCCUUGGUCAAACCCUGGCCGUUUCUCCUGAUGGCGCUUUUCUGGGCCUAAACGACGGCGGAUGCCAACGACGGCGCAUCCAUCAUACUCUUGUUUUUAUAAUUAUUAUGUGUUCUGUUCUCUGGCGCUGCAUGAUUACGCCACAAUCACCAACACUUGAUCAUGUGCAUGUUGUACCUUGUUCUGUACUUAUUUUUUUGGCUGUUUAAUCUGUUUUUACCGUCUGAUAAUUAAUAUCAGCCGGCAAAAACAGGUGACUGCCGAAAAAAUACAUACAGAACAAAACAUUUUGUUUUGUUUCGUAAUACGACAUGACAGCGUUUAAAAUGUUUUAGUGCUUGUCGUGUUUCUGCCGUUAAAUUACGAUGUCAUCAUUCGAAUAAAAUUGAUA